UCGGCCCAAUCCAACUCUCCCCAAGCCCAGCCACGGCGAUUACAGAGAGUCUCCGCUCUCCGGCCUCCACAGAGUUCGCUUCCGACGCCUCUCGUCUCGUCUCUCGGUUCUCCCUCGGUCGCAGAAAGAGCACAAGCAGCCUUCUGGACGCUCCCGCAUCUUCCCGGAACUUGUUCCUUCAUCCUGAUGGCAACGAGGAUUGCUGCAAGAUACGUUUCUCGUAGGCUGUCGAGCAGCGGCAAGAUCCUCAGCGAGGAGGAAAAAGCUGCGGAAAAUGUCUACAUCAAGAAAAUGGAGCAAGAGAAGCUAGAGAAGGCUGCACGCAAGGGCCCAAAACCGGAAGAAACGUCUGGGGGAUCAGUUACCGAUGCCAAAGCAAGCGCUUCCUCGGCAUCUGGUUCCUCGUCCGAGAAAGCGUCAACCGACAAGGACAGGAACUAUGCAGUCUUAGCUGGUACCGUAACAGCCCUCGCCGCACUGGGGUGGUAUCUCAAAGGCCGUUCCAAGAAGCCGGAAGAAGUCCAAGACUGAACCAUGACUCCCACCUGCCAUCGGUGGGGUCGACAUUCGCUGUGCAACCCCCAACCGCCGGACUGGGGCAGUUAUAAUAAAUACUAGAAAGAAGUUUCCAUUUUUCUUCGCACAGAUCCCAUUUUCCUCUCAUCUCAGGUCUGGCUAUAGCUUUCUAGCUGACUCGACUCUUUUCCCUGUAUGUGCAUACAAUCACGAGGCUGAUGAACAACAUUUGGUGGGUUCGUGUUCGAGUAUCGUUUGGCUGACUGAAAUUUUAUCGGCAACUGGC